AUGUUCCCGAGGGCAGGAGGCCUUUCUGCGCCAAAGCCUGCUGACAAAAAAAUUCAGGAGAUAUGUGACAGUGUAAAACACCAGGCAGAGAAAAAAUCUGGGAAAAACUAUGCUCAUUUUAAAGCUGACAGCUACGCGACCCAGACUGUGGCCGGGACCAACUACAUCAUUAAGGUCCAAGUGAACGGAAAUGAAUAUGUUCACCUUCAUGUUUUCGAAGGACUCCAAUGUAAUGGAGGGCACCUUGAGCUUAAAUCUAUGCAGGGAUCCAAGACCAAGCAAGACCCUAUUGUGCUCUUCUAAUAGGACUACAAAAGUAUACAAAGUGUUUCAUCAGUGCCGACAGGCUGGAGUCUCAUUAUAAUCAGUUAAAAUCAAAUUGUCCUGGCUCAAUAUAUAAAGCCAUAUUAUAUACAGUUCCCAUUGCUACCAUG